UUAUUUUCCUCGUGUAUGCCAGCGACGUAGAAAUGUCUAUGGAGAUCAUGCUGAGCUCAUCUUAUCUGUGAUUCAUCUGUUCCUGCUUUAAUGGCAGAAUUAUGUGCGAAGUAACUGAUUAAUUAAUGUGAUGUUUUGUAAAGACAAUAACGAGAAUGCCAAUACAGGCACCACAGUGGACUGAAUUUCUUUCUUGCCCAAUUUGUUGUCAUGACUUUGAUGUGGCCAUACGAGGUCCGAUAUCUUUAGGAUGUGGUCAUACAAUAUGCAGUACUUGUCUAGCAAAUUUGCACCGCAAGCAAUGCCCUUUCGAUCAGAGUACUAUAAACACUGAAAUAGAAAGAUUACCGGUAAAUGAAGCUUUGCUUCAACUAGUUGGUAAUACUGUUCCAACAAAUGUUGCAACAUCGUAUCAAAAAUUAUUACCACCUGAAGAUCAUGCUAAUUACUUAGUGGCUAAGCGCUGCAUUGAAGAAUUAGCGCUUUAUUUGAAACCAUGUCAGACAAAUCCAACUAUAGCAGCAGGAAUGGGACUUGUGUCUCGUCCAAUGCAGAGAAAAUUGGUUACGUUGGUAGGCUGUCAAUUAGUAGAACCAGAGGGAAGAGCACGCGCUGUACGAGCAGCUCGAAGCUUAGGAGAAAGAUCUGUUACAGAGCUAAUAUUACAACAUCAAAAUCCUCAACAGCUUAGUGCCAAUUUGUGGGCUGCUGUACGUGCACGUGGUUGUCAGUUCCUUGGGCCAGCAAUGCAAGAGGAAGUUCUCAAACUAGUUCUUUUAGCUUUGGAGGAUGGUUCAGCUCUUUCAAGAAAAGUUUUAGUAAUGUUUGUGGUUCAACGUUUGGAACCACAUUUUCCACAAGCAUCAAAAACAAGUAUUGGACAUGUAGUACAGCUUCUUUAUAGAGCAAGUUGUUUUAAGGUAUCUAAAAGAGAAGGUGAUUCAUCUUUAAUGCAGUUAAAAGAAGAAUUUAGAACAUAUGAUGCUUUAAGAAGAGAACACGAUGCACAAAUCGUUCAAAUAGCAACUGAAGCUGGAUUACGAAUAGCUCCUGAUCAAUGGUCCGCUUUAUUAUACGGAGAUACUGGUCAUAAGUCUCAUAUGCAAAGUAUUAUUGACAAGCUACAAACGCCACAAUCUUUUGCUCAAAGUGUGCAAGAAUUAGUUAUUGCCUUACAACGUACACCUGAUCCAGGACAACUUAGCAGUUUAAGGCCACAACUAGAAUUAUUAGCUGCAAUAGAUCCUAGUCCAGAAACAGAACCGCCCACAUUAGCUGAAUGUCGUGCAGCACUGGAAGCUGUUAGAACUGUGGUUGCAGCUUUGGUGGAAUUCAUUCAGCAACAUGGAAACAGGAAAUGUUCAGAUGGUACUCAUAAUAUUGGCCCAAGUCAACCAAAGUAUAAAGUAAGCAUGUGUAGAGACCUUGCUCUUAGAGGAUCUUGUCCGAGAGCUACCAAUUGUACCUUUGCACAUAGUGACAUGGAACUUGAUAAGUAUAGAUCAAAGAAUCGAAAGUUGAGUAUCAGAACAAAUUUAUCUUUGAAUACCAAUACGGAAUUAAAGACGGAUAAAUCUAUUGUUCAAAACAAUAAGGUUUUUAAGCAAAGCGAAGAAGCACCUUAUCAUUCCAUAAAACCGCAUGAUAUUCAUAGGGAUAGUUUUAAUUCGUUGAGUAAAGUCAGUCCAACGCAACAUCCUAUCAUUAGUAACGAAAAUAAUUUUGUUGGAUCUUUGACAAGUUACAUGUUGCCACCACCACAAAAUUUAUCACAUAUGGUUCCAGUGAAAAGCAUGGAUAUUCAUUGUCCUCAUUAUAUUAUGCCUGCAGCAUCUUUAGAUUAUAACACAACUGAUAUGAGUAUGUGGGAUCUGCCGCAAGUAACAUCAGGUGUAACAAACGGAAUUUCUAAUAGUAAAAAGCAACGAACAGUAGCAAAAACAUUGGCAAUGUUGUUACAACGUAGAAUGGAAAUUUUGAAUCAACUUGAAACUAUAGUCAGCAAGCAAGCUCCUCAGAUGAAAAUGAAUUGUGACAUCCAAGGAGAUGUGCUUUCAUCGAAUUUAUCGAUAUGGGCAAAUUCAUCUGGAAGUCCUAUAGGUCCUGCAUCAAAUAUGAGUUGCAGUAAUAAUUUUCGAUGUACAGAUUCUGUAUUAUUUGAUGAUGAAUUUGUACCAUUUGACGCUUCACCUUCGAGCAAGUAUGGACCAAUAUCCAAAUUAUCAAAAACCAUGAUAAGAUCUCCAAAUGGUGUACCACCUACAAGUCUAUAUAACGAGGGUCCACCUGCAAUAUCUACUUUUCGACCUAUGCCAGCUCCUAAUUCCAUUUCAUCAUGGUAUUACGGUAAUCAGCCUUAUGCAUCUAUCGGUACAAACGGAGGAAUGCAAUCUGUUACUACAUCUAAUUAUGGAGAUGGAUAUAUUGCUCUUGGACGAAAUAUAUCAGAAUCACAAACACACUCACAUCUUUUGCAACAAGAAUGUAUGUCCAAAGAUUUAAUCUUGGAAUCACAGAAAGUAAAACAACAAUUGAAACAUUUAGAGAAGAAAAUUAAUGAUUUAAAGCUUGCAACACAAGGUGCAGCUUUUACAGCUGGUGAAAGACUUGCACAGGAGUUGCAAAUGAUUGAAGCAGGUAUUAGAGAAAAAGAAAAGGAUGUGAGAAAUUGGAGUCCUUAUGGUACCGUACCAUGGAUUCAAUCACCAGCUAACUUGCUUACGAAUCAAAGUUUCAAUCAGGAUUAUAAGACCGAAGAGGAAGAUACAUACGAGGCUGGCAUUGCGAAUGAUAUGCGCGAAUUAGAAUUACGAUGGGAGUUUGAACUGCAAGAACAGGAAAAACAUUGGUCGAGCGAAGAAGAUAAUUCGAAAAAGUAACAUAUUCUUGCAGUAUUAAAUAUUAACUCCCAGAUCUGACAAUGACUCAAGAAAAAGCAUGUGUUUUCACAUGUUCGUAUAAUUCUUUAAGAAAACUUUUAUGCGUCAAUGCGUUUACUUCUAUAAUUGGAUAAUCGAAAGUAAGUAGAAUUUUUACUCUUUGCAUAAGAAAGAUCUAUGAUUCUUCUACUCAAAAUCAAAAUUAUAUAUGGAGGAUGAUUACAUGAACAUUUUUAACAGCAUAAAUUUAGAUUUAUCAUCCAAUUGAUAAGUGAAACCUUUUUGUUGAUGUAGUACUGUGUAAAGUAGACUUACUACUUUCGCAUGUACUCGCUUUUGUAAUCAUUAAUAUGUAAUAUUUCUUAUGCAUAAAAACAACACCUUUCUGGAUAUUUAAACAUACUAGUUAUUGCUGUAAAUAUGUGAUAUUUUUAAAAAUUUGUUAAACACGUGAAAUAAUUUAUAAAAGCGAUUCAUUUAGUCAAACAGAAAGCCAGAUUGUUUUUAUUUAUAUUAUUUUACUGACAUUUAAGAAGUUACUUAGUGUACUUGGAAACUUAAUAAUUCAGCUGCCGCUUUGCUAAACACAUUCGUCAGGACAAGCGAAAGGUGGUUGUUGCUUGUAAUAAAGUAAAAAAUUUCAUUGAAAAACAAAUGGACAUAUGAAUACAGAUUUGUUAAAAUUUAACAGAAAUUGAUGUCAAUGUUUUAUAAACAUGACAAUGUAGUAUACUCAAUUUAUAUGUUUGCAUAAUGAAGCAAAACAUACUAUAUUACAGAGACAUUCGAGAAGAAUGUUACUUAACCUAAGUGAAGGUUACAUGAUAAAAAUAUACAAUUAUACAUAAGUAUUGCAGAUAGGUGAAAUUAACAUAUAUUGUCCAAAUUUUAUAUAAUUAUUAUCAUUCUGGUCAUUUACUGAAUCAUUAUUGACAUGCAAGAUAUUAAUGAUAGAAUUUUAUUAUUCUAUAUAAUUUUAUAUAAGCAGAAUUUCUGAAGAAAGUAUGAGCAUUUUUGGCAAGAAAAGAUUUUAAGUUGUAUGAGUAACUAAUAUAACAACAAAUUAUAAUCUCUAUUAUCUUUAAACAUUUAUAGAAUAAUUAUAACAAUUCCAUCAUAGUAUUAUUUAGUGUAUUCACCUAUAUAAAUAGAAAAAAUUAAUCAAACAAAUUUUCCAUAUUAACAAAGAUAAUACUAUACUAUAAAAAAUUAUUUUCGUUUUAAACAGAUCUAUUAGUAUUAUAUAUUUUUUCAAGUUUUAAAAAUCUUACUCACAAGUUCGUCGUUGUUCUUAAUUCUUAAUAAAUAUGUAAAAUUAAUAUGAUUAAAUGUAACCUUAGGAGCCUAUUUCAAGCAAAAAUUAACCAUGAUUUUUUUCUGUGCCUUUAAACUUCUGCAUUUUUAUGUUUAUAUAUACAUAUAUACGUGUAUAUAUAUAUAUAACUAUUUAACGUAUAAACUUUUCCAAAAAUCGAUGAUCAAAUUGUCUUAUUAAUUUAUAUCUCUUUGUAAAAACUUGAAAUAAUUUAUAUUAAUACUAUCAUUAUAUUUUGUCUUUGUCAACCAGUAAACGAUAGUUGACCAAAAAAUGAUGAUUAAAAAUUUGUGUAACAUGGCCAACUUGACUUUUUAAAAGAUAACAUAUAUUUUUUAAAUGAAUUAUUAAAUGAAUUAUUCACUUCUUGAGAGAAAAUGUUUAUAGAUCUAUAGAUUUUAUUUGAUUAUGAAUAAAAGCUAUCUGCUUUUUAAAAUCGAGAUGUUGAUGAAAAAUUUCAUAGGAUAGAAUAUGUUAAUCAACUUACUGCGCUCUUUUAUGGCAUCUUAAUGUAUGCAUUGCAAUAGUCUUUAGGUUUUCCUAUUUUUAUGAAAUAAUAUAUAACAUAAAUAUUAAUAAUUCCAGUUUUAGUGGAAGAAACAUUAUUGAUUUUUUGUGCAAAAUGAAGGUUGACAAAGGUUGACUCAUUAUGUAUCAGAAUUUUACUUUGUAAACUUAUAUUUGUUUAUCAAGUAUCAAUUAAUUACUUACCUGAAAUGGGUGAACAAUAUUAUUCAGUAUAAUAAUAAUAUAUAAUUGGUUUAUAAUGUCUGUUUUGUUAUGUUAUAUAAAUGUAUUGGAAAUAAUAAGAAGUACAUCUAUUUUUAGAACAUAGCUAGAUUUUUAGCAAUUAUAGAGACAAUGGUGCAAUUUUCUUUACUUGAUACCUAAUAUCAAAAAUUAUAACGUUAUGAGAUAUACAAAUAAUUCAUAGAUUUAAUUUGUUUAUUAGGUUUCGUAUGCAAAUUAAUAGCAAAAGCAAUGCUUACCGAAAAUAGUAACAACCAAAUUGUUUACUUCAUAUUGAUAAUUUAUUAUCAGUGUUGGAUAAAUUUUAGAAAAAAUUGUUUUUUUUUUAUUAUUAUUAUUAUUAUUAUUAUUAUAUUAAAAGUUUUAUUUUCAGUGUUGCAAGAUCUAUAGAUGGAACCAAAAUAUAAAAAUUCGUUUAAUAAGUAUACCUUGGUAAAAACAGACUGUUUUCAUUUUGUUGAAGCUAUCCCCGCGUAUACAGUUUAAAAAUUGGCCAUAUUAACCAAUAUGAAUGACAAUAUUGCAGAAAGGGGCCAUCUAUUAAUUUUGCUCAUAUGUAAAAAUAGCUGAAAUAAAAGAGUAUAGUAUUUUCAGAAGAAAUAGACAUUAUAUGUGAAAAUACAUGUUAAAUUUCUUUUCAAAUAUUAAAUUUCUUUUCUUCUGAAUUAGACUAAAUUAGUUUACAAGUUUGAUAAUUAUUCUAAUUUAUGAGUAAUUAUAUUAACACUUAAAUUGCGGCCAUGGUAUCUAUAUUUCGUUCCCUGUUUUAUACAUUAAGAACAUUUGAUAUAAAAGUUUUAGUUGGAAUAAAACAAGAUUGAAAAUAAAAACUUCAAUUUUGUUUAUUCUCUUUUCCAGGAAAUUAUAUUCGUAUCUUAUAAUUGAUAAAGAAUUGUAAUUUAUUUUUUGGAUGCAAACAGAUAAAGUCUAUAUAUCAUUUUCUUAAUAAUUCCUAAAUAUGCAUUUUGAAAACUGCUACGACGUUUGUCUCUUACAUAUAUAGUUUAUGUAAGAUUUUGAUUUUUCCUGUUAAAAGUUAUAUAUAGAAUGCAAAACAAGAGAUAAAAUUGAUGGAAAAUUACUAAGAAACAUUUACAUUUUUUAUCAAUUUUAUCAGAUUCUAUAUGUGAUCUCUUUCUACAAGCUCUAAUUAUUUUUUCUCGUUUCUAUUCAUAAUUUGAAACAUUAACUUGAAUGUAAAAUAAAAGCGAAGAGGGCUGUGUAUAAUGGGAAGUAAUAAGCGCAACAAUACUGUUUGUGCAAGCUUCAGAUUAAUUGCAUGUUAAACAUGUCACUAUGUGUAUAAUGAUACACACAUACCUAUGUUGAUGGUAUGAAAUCACAUACAAUCUAUACUAACGUUCUUUGUUUGAACAUACAAAACGAUAAUAAUUAUAUACAUAUCGGUAUAUAAUAUAUAGUCAAUGCACUUGGCACUAGCAGUACAGAUCCUGUAUAGAUUUUUUGUUAUAUUCCAUAUUUGAAAAUCUUAAGUAUCCUUUUUUUAACAUUUAUAUAAUAUUCAUUGUACGAAAUUAUCAAAUUACACUUAAACCAGUAUUCACAAUAUACGGCUUAUUUCUUUCAUUUUUUAAAUAUUAUUAUUCAAAAGUAGAAAACUGAUUGUGUAAGAUGUUGAGAAUAAAUAUACAUGCUAUAUUAGCAUUAUGCUUUAGCAAUAGAAUUUGAGUUUGUAAUUUAAAAAAAAAAGGAAUAAAGGAACAUUAGUCUUAAAGAGCUUUGUGUUAUGCAAGAAAAAUUCUUAUAUCUCUUUUCAUCAUCUUACAG